ACUGCUGUAAAAAUGGCGGCGUCUCGUCGCUCUUCCCAGCAGCAAAAGCAGAGCAUAUCCUCGCCACCUCGCAGUACUUCUCUUUCACUCACUCCUCCGGGAUCUCCUCCCGUUCCCGGUGGUGGAAUAAUUUCGGUACCAGUGGGUGCUGAAGUAGACAGCGCUGGGGAUCCAGAGUUAACUCCGGCCUCCCCCGAUAUCCCCGCCCCGGCCCUGAGCAGUAGCAGCAGCUCCACUACCACCGGGGGUAGCAGCAGCGCUGGCUCGAGUCCUGACUCCGGUAGCAAUAGCAGCCCCGGGGGCAGCGACUGCGGGACAAGCGGGGCUUUCAGAGAGCUGUUUGAAGCCUGUCGCAAUGGGGACGUAUCGCGGGUGAAGAGGUUGGUGGAUACGGUUAACGUGAAUGCCAAGGACAUGGCUGGGCGAAAAUCCACUCCGCUACACUUCGCGGCAGGAUUUGGGAGGAAGGAUGUUGUGGAGCACCUCCUUCAGACAGGUGCCAACGUUCAUGCCCGUGAUGACGGAGGUUUGAUCCCUCUGCAUAACGCCUGCUCCUUUGGUCAUGCUGAGGUGGUCAGCCUGCUCCUCUGUCAGGGUGCUGACCCAAACGCCCGGGACAACUGGAACUACACACCUCUCCACGAAGCUGCCAUCAAGGGCAAAAUAGACGUGUGCAUCGUGUUGCUCCAGCAUGGAGCCGACCCCAGCAUUCGCAACACCGACGGCAAGAGUGCCCUGGACCUUGCCGACCCAUCCGCCAAGGCUGUGCUCACUGGUGAAUACAAGAAGGACGAACUCCUGGAGGCGGCUAGGAGUGGAAAUGAAGAGAAGCUCAUGGCCCUGCUCACUCCGUUAAACGUCAACUGCCAUGCAAGCGAUGGCCGCAAGUCGACAACCCAAAAAAUGCUGUCCACCCCUCUCCACCUGGCAGCAGGGUACAACCGGGUCAGAAUAGUACAGCUCCUACUACAGCACGGUGCAGAUGUACAUGCAAAGGACAAAGGUGGUCUGGUUCCUCUCCACAAUGCAUGUUCCUAUGGUCACUAUGAAGUCACAGAGCUGCUGCUGAAGCAUGGAGCAUGUGUUAACGCCAUGGACCUGUGGCAGUUCACCCCUCUCCACGAGGCUGCCUCAAAGAACCGUGUGGAGGUGUGUUCUCUGCUGCUGAGCCAAGGGGCCGACCCCACCCUGGUCAACUGUCACGGGAAGAGUGCUGUGGACAUGGCCCCUACCCCGGAGCUCAAAGAGAGACUCACCUAUGAGUUUAAGGGGCACUCUCUGCUCCAGGCAGCGCGGGAAGCAGACAUUGCCAAGGCCAAGAAGUCCCUCGCUCUAGAGAUCAUCAACUUCAAACACCCACACACCCAUGAGACUGCACUGCACUGUUCAGUGGCCUCUCCUCACCCCAAGCGGAAGCAGGUCACAGAGCUGCUGUUACGUAAAGGUGCCAACGUCAAUGAGAAGAACAAGGACUUCAUGACUCCCCUACACGUGGCUGCUGAGAGGGCCCACAAUGACAUAAUGGAGGUGUUGCAGAAACAUGGAGCAAAGAUGAACGCCCUGGACACCUUGGGGCAGACGGCCCUGCACCGUGCUGCCAUGGCGGGACACCUCCAGACCUGCAGACUGCUGCUGAGCUACGGAGCAGACGCAUCCAUCCUCUCACUACAGGGCUUCACCGCCUCACAGAUGGGCAACGAGGCCGUGCAGCAGAUUCUCAAUGAAAAUGUUCCAGUGAGGAACUCUGACGUAGACUAUCGGCUCCUGGAGGCAGCUAAAGCUGGAGACCUGGACACUGUGAAGUCGUUAUGCUCUCCACAGAAUGUGAAUUGUCGGGACCUGGAGGGUCGUCACUCCACGCCGCUGCACUUCGCCGCCGGCUACAACCGUGUGGCGGUGGUGGAGUACCUGCUGCACCAUGGGGCCGACGUCCACGCUAAAGACAAGGGAGGUCUGGUGCCCUUGCACAACGCUUGCUCCUACGGUCACUAUGAGGUGGCUGAGUUGCUGGUGAGACACGGGGCGUCUGUGAACGUAGCAGACCUGUGGAAGUUCACCCCGCUCCACGAGGCUGCAGCCAAGGGCAAAUAUGAGAUCUGCAAGCUGCUCCUCAAGCAUGGGGCGGACCCGACCAAGAAGAACCGUGACGGUAACACUCCUCUGGACAUGGUGAAGGAGGGGGAUACGGACAUCCAGGACCUGCUGAGAGGAGACGCUGCCCUGCUGGACGCUGCUAAGAAGGGCUGUCUGGCCCGUGUCCAGAAACUCUGCAGCCCAGAGAACAUCAACUGUAGAGACACACAGGGACGCAACUCCACCCCCCUGCACCUUGCAGCUGGCUACAAUAACCUGGAGGUAGCAGAGUACCUGCUGGAGCAUGGAGCUGAUGUCAACGCCCAGGACAAGGGGGGCCUCAUCCCCCUCCACAACGCUGCCUCUUAUGGGCACGUGGAUAUAGCUGCUCUCCUGAUCAAGUACAACACGUGUGUAAACGCUACAGAUAAGUGGGCCUUCACCCCCCUCCACGAGGCGGCGCAGAAAGGCCGGACCCAGCUGUGUGCUCUGCUAUUGGCCCACGGAGCUGACCCUACAAUGAAGAACCAGGAGGGACAGACUCCACUGGACCUGGCUACGGCUGAUGACAUCAGAGCGCUGCUGAUUGAUGCCAUGCCUCCAGACGCCCUGCCCAGCUGCUUCAAGCCUCAGGCCACGGUGGUCAGCACCUCAGUUGUCAGCGCCUCAGUGGUCAGCGCCUCAGUGGUCAGUGCAGCGGACAUCUCUCCGGCCUCUACGCCAUCCUGCCUGUCUGCAGCCAGCAGCGUAGACAACCUGGCCGGGCCCCUCAGUGAGCUCACUGUGGCUGGAGCCACCGGGCCUGCAGACGGAGCCGCCGGGUCCGACAGGAAGGAAGGAGAGACCAUCCUAGACAUGAACAUCAGCCAGUUCCUGAAGAUUUUGGGCUUGGAGCACCUGCGCGACAUCUUCGAGAGGGAACAGGUAAAUAUUACGCUGGAUGUCCUGGCUGAUAUGGGCCACGAGGAGCUGAAGGAGAUUGGGAUCAACGCCUACGGUCACCGCCACAAACUCAUCAAAGGCAUGGAGAGACUCCUGGGAGGACAGCAAGGUGCUAACCCGUACCUGACGUUCCACUGUGCCAGUCAGGGUACGGUGCUCAUAGACCUGGCCACUGACGAUAAGGAGUUCCAGUCUGUAGAGGAGGAGUUGCAAAGUACGAUCCGAGAGCACCAGGACGGGGGCAACGCAGGUGGGGUCUUCAGCAGGUACAACAUCCUAAAGAUCCAGAAAGUCGUGAAUAAGAAGUUGAGGGAGAGGUACUCACACAGACAGAAAGAGAUCGCUGAUGAAAACCACAACCACCACAACGAGCGCAUGCUCUUCCACGGCUCUCCAUUCAUCAACGCCAUCAUCCAUAAGGGUUUUGACGAGCGGCAUGCCUACAUCGGGGGCAUGUUCGGAGCGGGCAUCUAUUUCGCAGAGAACUCCUCCAAGAGUAACCAGUACGUGUAUGGGAUAGGAGGGGGCACUGGUUGCCCCACUCACAAAGACCGCUCCUGCUACAUCUGCCACAGGCAGUUGUUGUUCUGCAGGGUGACCCUGGGUAAGUCCUUCCUCCAGUUCAGUGCCAUGAAGAUGGCCCAUGCCCCCCCUGGACACCACUCUGUGAUUGGCCGGCCCAGCGUCAAUGGACUGGCCUACGCAGAGUACGUCAUCUACAGAGGAGAACAGGCGUACCCAGAGUACCUAAUCACGUAUCAGAUCCUGAAGCCAGAGAGCACACCCUCAUCCACAGCCGGAGAAGAACAGAAGUCCUAGUCCAGACUCAACCAGACCAACUCACACCCACCUGUACUGGGAAAGAACCAACCACAGAGACUGUUACCAGAAACACUUCACACAUUCUGGGCUGAGACGGGACAAACCACAGCCCCUUAACUCAACUCCACAACAAUGGAAAGAUUUCUUUCCUCCACUUGUUUUUUUGUUGUUGCAUUUCACUAUAAAUGACCAGUUUCUCACAACCACAACCCAUUUAUUUCCCCCCCCUUUUUUUGUAUUAAUUUCUUUCCUCAUCCUUCUUCAGUGUUUACAUGAAAAUGUUGCCUUCCCGGGGAUUCGUCUCUCGAGUCAUGUUGUCGCCCCCUAGUGCCCAUCUCCUGGUCUCUCGCUCAUGGUUGCCCUUGGUGAUUGUUGUCACUGGUUACGGCCAAAUAGAGAGAACCAAGCGGAUAAUGGUUAGGUCAGGCAUGGGGACUCAAAGCUCAUUGGUUAGUGGUUAAGGUUAGAGAUGGGGACCCAAAGCUCAUUGGUAAGCGGUUAGGCUCAGAGAUAAGGAACCAUGGCAGUCUGCCUUUACCUGAGUGUUAGCUGCCCUAGUGAAGCCUGGCAGAGGCUCCUCUACCUAUCCCUCAGACAGGGAUAGAGAUCAGGGUGGGUGUAGUAGUUUAUAUACUAGCCUCACUCCAAGCCCUGUGUCUUCAACAAGCCUGGCAAGGGAAGCUUCAGUAUAGAGACCCCGGACCCAGAUCAUGUGUGACUAAAAAGACAACCAAUAACCUCUCCCUUUCCUUUCAAGCACACUAAUAUUUUAAGCAAAAACUCAUAAAAGCAUUAGACCUCAUUUAUCCUAUUAGCUCUGUAUUAUUUUUGUGAUAUUUCCAUAAUGGUUUUACGCUAUUGUUUUGACUGUUUUUAGAGAUGUGUACACUAUAAUGGGACCAUGUCAAAACUGGGUCCUGAUGUUUUUUUUUAAGUUGAUGAUAUAUAAUAUUCCUCUCUGGGGCCAUUAGGGUUUUCCUCUCCAUUCCUGGAUUUGAUGGAACAUCCUCUGAAAGGUAUCAGAUUGGUAACACAGCAAAUGUGAUUGGGACUCAAAUGGAGUUAUGCGAGAAAGUACAGCAAGCUAUGACACAUGUAUUACUAUUAUAAUUACUGUUAUUUGUAUUUGUAUUAUUAUUAUAACAUUACUUUGCACAAGAAAACACUGAACAUCUGACUUUUCAUGACCAUUGCCCAUCCAGUCAAACUCAUCUAUUAAUGGAUUUGCACUUUUUAACAGGAAUAAUUUUUAAAUUAUUUGAAAAUUAAUUGAAAAUAUCGUUGACAAAAAGAUGUCCAGUAUUGUACAGUGUGUAGCGGACGAUGCCUUUGUAUAGCUCACCAUGUUGUUUACGGAUGAAGAGUGGGCUGUAUUAGUACUGUAAAUUAAGUGGGGGUUUUUGUGGAUCUUUUAUCCUUUGGGUUUUUUCUGGGAUGAAAUUGAGUUUUUAGUUGAGUGAGUUGCUCAAUUGUACCCUCUUAAGAUUGUACCUGUAUGAACUGUUUGCAGCUGUGUUUUCAUCUUUUCUUGGUCACUUUUUGCCACAUUCGUCCCUCUGCUCUCUGUGCUCUCUCUGAGGCGUAAACAAUAACAUUUCUUACUUCCUACUGAAUGUGUCUACCAUCCUCUGGGAAAUAGCAGUUUGAAGCGACAGAAGAAAUAGUGGCUGAUUUGAAUGCCACAGUCUGUGAAUUGGAAGACAGUGUCUCUGUCUCCUCUCUCACUAUCUGGUUCUAGCUGCAUCUUGCUAGUGUGGUGCUGCGCUUUCCCAGUUAUUUCCACUGCUAGGAGCACUAGUCCUCCAUAACUGCCUGUGCUUUGACCUGAAUGUUACUACAACCUGGAGUGAUUCCCAAAUGGCACUCUGUGUCCCAAAUGGCACCCUAAUCCCUAUAUAGUACACUACUUUUGACCAGUGCCCUAUUGGCAUUGGUCAAAGGUAAUGCACUAUAUAGGGAAAAGGGUGCCAUUUGAGACGGAACCCUGGUCUCAAUCUCCACUCCGCUUUCCUUCAUACCAACAGCACCUGGAUAGAGCCUCGCUGCCUCUACCUACUUCCUACUACAGUUCUUAUCUUAUUUUUUAACCGGUUUAUUUUGUUUUCCUGGUGCUGAAAGAUCCUGCAAUGACCCACUCACAGCUGAUCUGCAGACUAAUGUAGCACUCCUCAGUGUUGUAAAGAAGUCUUAAUAAAGUACAUAACAUCACAUCCGA